GAAACUCAACGUUUUCAAACCAAGGCGGUUAAAGCAAUAGCAAUGAAACUCUUGGAUUCUAGGGUUUUGGGAGAAGAAGAAACAGACUAGGGUGCCAAAUUUUGUGUGGUGACGAUGGAGGAAAGGCAAAUUGAAACGCCCAAACCAUCGAAGCAGUGCUUCUCUUUCCCUCCUCCCCGUAGAAGACAACUCAACAGCGCUACUUACCGUACUUUAGUUCGAAUCCUAUCCCAUUGCUACGACGAGUUGUCCCAGCAAUCUCUUGCAGCUCCAAAUUUACGUCACGAGCUAAUUACAGACAGUGGCAGCAAUGAAUCAGGGAAAAGAGAUGUAAAGGAAGAAUCGGAGCAUGUUGAAUUAGUUGUUACUGACAAUAUGGAGCUUGGGAUUCAGGCAUCUCAUGGAGCCACAGAGCUUGAUUUGAGGUUUGAUGACACUGUUUCCCAAUAUGGAAUGACUGGCAGCACACAAACGGCUAUAGAUCAUAUAGAGCAUAUGAUGAAUAAAGAAGAAAAUGAGGAUGUGUUAAAUCGAAUCAACGCAACGGUCAAAGAGAGCACUUUUGGGAUUGGUUUAGAAGAUCUGGGAUUCAGUCGUGAACAAAUUCUGAUACAUGAGUUAGAGCAUAUUGCUAAAGGAAAUGAUGACCUUGUCCACGAAAACUCUUUGAAGCCAUCAACCGCCCUUCUGGAUCAAAAUGAAAGUGACAUCGAUGAAGUUAAAAUGUUGAAUAAUCAAGAAGAACAUAUUGAUUUCCAACGAAAUGUUAUCACAAAGUCUGAAAAUGCUAGUCAAAAUAUUUGUGGCAGCUUUGAUUCACAUUUAGGUAGCACUUUGGCUGCUGAAAGUUCAAAUCCAAGGGCCAGUUAUGAGGUGAAGACUAAGUUGUUGGACAACACACUUCCUAUUACCCAACAGAAUGAUAGGGAAAUGGAGAACACUGUUUCUGAAGGUGGUUCAGAUAAAUAUCCAAGUCUGAAUGCCGAAGUUGGGGAGAUUGAGGAAGGAGAACACCAUAAUCAUGAGGCCUCUGAAACCAUCGACAUGUCAUUAGAUAAGAACAUAUUUGCUGAAGCUUCAAAAUGUAGUAAUAAUCACGACCCCCAGAGCUUUUCACCAGAAGCUAAUGCCAUGAUAAUAGAGCAUGAAAUGCUGACUAAGGAUGAGGAACCAAAGACAUCCGAUUGUAAAAGUGAUGCUGCAGAUUCUGCCAAUUAUAUGACUGAAGAUGAAGAUAUCGAAGAGGGAGAAAUUUCUGUUGACUGUGGGGUGGAUGCCAACUCGAUGGAUAUGGUGUUGCAAAAUGCAGAGGUGUUGGAGGAUAAGAAGGUAUAUGAACAGCACACAUCUAGAGGCCUUGUUGAUUAUAAAGAACUGCAUUCUAUUGCAGCAAAUGAAAAAGAUUUUCCAUCAGCUUGCUUUCUUUUGGACACAGUCAAUAACACCAGUAAGGGAGUAGAACCCAGGGAAAGUAAUAGUAAUAAAAUGGUUAAUAUGCAGAAGGAUGCUGAACUCCAAAAUAAGAAAAAGCGGGGGCCUCCUUCAAAGGAAAAGAAAGCAAAGAAAAAAAAAAGGGAUCGAAAGAAGAGAGCAGACAAGAACAGACAACUUGGUGUUAAAAGGUUGAAACUGGUUCCAAUGUCAAAACCAAAAACACCAACAUUCUGCCGCCAUUUUCUCAAGGGGAGAUGUCAAGAGGGUGACAAGUGCAAAUUUUCACAUGAUACCAUACCUUUGACAAAAUCCAAGCCCUGCUGUCAUUUUGCUCGUCACUCAUGCAUGAAGGGGGAUGACUGUCCAUUUGAUCAUCAACUCUCUAAGUAUCCCUGUAGUAACUUUGCAUCCAUGGGUUCCUGCAACAGAGGUGAUGAUUGUAUGUUUUCACACAAGAUACCACACAAGGAAGACACAGCUAAUGCUUCAAAUGUUAUGAAACCUGAAUUGAAGUCCACAUCCUUGUUGGACAAUUCAAGAUCUAAGGAGAAACUGAUUAGUAAUGGUGCCUCCCAGAAGAACUACAAUGCAUUGUGCCACUCCAAAGAGAUUCAUUCUCGUGUUUAUAAUAAGCAGAAUACGAAAGAUGCUGUUUCUAAACAAUCUGAAGCGGCACCUAAAGGAACUAGUUUCCUCUCUGUUCAGAAUUCACUAUUGGUUGAUUCCAGCAAACUUAGGCAAGGAAGCUUAUUUGGAAAUAAUAGUGCUGGUGCAAAGGCUGGAAAUCAUAUCCACCAGAAUGCAUCAAUUCAAAAUUCAAGUGAGAUAUUACACAAAACUCCACCGGCAGUACCACCAAAAGGAAUAAACUUUCUAUCAUUUGGUAAAGUUCCGUCUGGUAAUUCUAACAGCAAGAAAUUAGCCAGCUUGCCGUUGUGUGGUGAUGGUGUCAAACGAUCAGUGUCUGACAAUUCGAAUUUGCACGAUCAUGAUUGCUCAACAUCAAACUCUUGUCUGAUGCCAAAUGGAAGCCAACAUUCGGUGGCACCCAAGGGAAUUAACUUUCUUUCCAUUGGAAAAGCUUCAGUGAACGAUUCUGGUUGUAAAGAAAAGUCUAGUUUGCCAUAUGGUCGGGAUAAUGGUACUGAUAGCUGUGUUAAAGAUGAGCAAACUGCUUUGGAUAAACCUCAGAGUUCAAGUACAAUCUCAUUAGCUGAAAGAUCACCAUCUUGUCCUGUUUCUUCAGUUCAGUUUUCAGGCAAUUUAGCAUCUAGGAUUUAUAAAGACACACCACUUUCAGCUCAGAAGGCACUCUUGUCAACACUUGCAUUUGCAGCCAAGUGUGAAUCUGGAGUCAAACCGAAUCAGUCUGUUGAUGCUCCUGCUGUCAAUGCUGAGACUCUUAAUGAAACAAGGUCUAAUAAUGGAAAUAGUGGAAGUUCACAGAAUGAUACGGGAAAAGCCACCAAAAUUUUGGAGUUUUUGUCUAGGUUUGGUUGUAAAACACAGCAGUAGAUUUUUUUAUCGUUUAAUAUUUUAAAUUAGGAUAUGCCGGAUUUGGCCUGAAAUGAUUUUGAUGGGCUUUCCUCGAAGAUGAGUAACUGUAAUUCUUUUGUUUUUACUUUAUCUUGUAAAGCAGUUUUCUAUAUAUAUAUAUAUUAUAUAUGGGAGAAUUCUAUGGUUCA